AUGGAACAUGGUAUACGAUCUAACCGUAAUUUUCGGGAUAGGAAUCAUAACGAAUCGGAAUAUGCUUUACCAAAUGAUAUAAAUGAAGCGAUUAGGUUGAAAAUGCAACAUUAUGUUAUAAAUUACACUUGGGAAGGGAAAAAUUAUCUUUCUCCUAUAGACAAACAAUUCAAAACAGGUGGUUUAAAGGUUCUAGAUGUAGGCUGUGAAUCAAGCCCUUCAAACUUGGGAUUCAUUCAAUGUGAUGCCCUUUAUGGAGUUCCCUUCCCUCGAAAUACCUUUGAUUUUAUUUACUCAGCAAACAUGUUUACAACAUGGAAAGAGACCGAUUGGUCAUUUAUAAUUGAAGAUAUGGUACGGUGUGUUAAACGAGGUGGUUGGAUAGAAUUAAUGGAAGGAGCCUACGACUUUAUAAAUGUUGGCCCUACAAUGAAAAAAUUAGUGGCUGCAACAAAUCAAUGCAUUAAUUCCAAAGGGAUAAAUUUAAAAGUAAAAUCGUAUAUUAAAGGUUAUCUGGAAGCCACUGGAAAGUUGGGGACCGAUGUUUUUAUUAAAGAAGCUGUCACUACUUUUUGGGGAAAUAACCUUGGAGAACUCGCUUUCAAACUUUUCAAAAGGGCCCAUACAUCCAUUGGAAUGCAUAGUUACAUGGGUAUGACAGAAUCAGAAUUUGAAAAAAUGUUUGAUAUAAUAGCUCAAGAAGUCGAAGAAUAUCGAACAUAUGCUAAAGUUCAUAGAUUUUAUGCGCAAAAGAGAUUCAAAUAA